CAGCAACUCUUGUGUCCUGUCCCAUGCACAAACCACACUCCUGACUCAAUCCCUCUCUGUGCCAGUUUCAGAUUUACACUUGCCCUACACUAGCAGGCGAUCAGUGUGGCUUUGGGUGGGCGUAUCUCCUGGAAUGCUUAGCAGCCAUAGGACAGCCUAACCCAAAGUAACAUUUCUAAAGAACCAGUUAACUUUCCCAAAGAGCCAAACAGGCAUAUCUUUAAAAGCUUGGUAUGUAAUAUAGCAAAAUGAUAUUACAAACAAUUUAUCUGAUCCACCAUGUAUCUCCAUUCUCUUGUUUUCAUUGUGGUACAUUGCUGUCUUUCUCUCCUUUCUACCCCCACAAGUCCAAGUGAGUAAAGGCAUCUUUUCGCAGUUGGAGGCAAGCCAAUAAAAGAAGGGAUGGAAGAGCAAAGCCCACAAAGACUGGGACCUGGCAAGAGAACGAGGAAAGGCUCCCAUCCCAUCCAAGCUGGGAGUGAUGUUGAAUUCUGGGAGAGAGCUGUGCCAGAAAUCUGGGAUCGGGAACCCAUAAACUUAGAUAUACUUUGCCAACACUUCCGGCAGUUCAGCUACUGUGAUGCUGAUGGGCCCCGAGAGGUUUGCAACCUACUCCAUGGACUUUGCAACCAAUGGCUGAAGCCAGAGAGCCACUCGAAGAAACAGAUCCUGGACCUGGUGAUUCUGGAGCAGUUUCUGACCAUCCUGCCCCAAGAAAUGCAGUCCUGGGUUAGAGGAUGUGGACCAGAGACCAGUUCCCAAGCGGUGGCCCUGGCCGAAGGUUUCCUCCUGAAUGAGGCAGAAGAGAAGAGGCAGACAGAACAGAUAUGUGGUCCAUCUGUGAAGUUGGAAGUUGAGUUCUCUGAGGUGGAAGGAGCUCGGUUGGAGGAAAGGCAGCGUGCCCCUGCCCAGGAACUUGCCCACGAUGCCCUCUUGCACGGCAGUGAAGAGGCACUAUUGUUCCAUUCUCUUUGCGAAGGUGUGGAAACAGCUGCUGCAUCUCCAGCCCAGUCUCUGGUUUCGUUUGGGGAGGUGGCUGUGUAUUUCACAGAGGCGGAGUGGGCACUUCUGCACCCAGACCAAAGAGCUCUCUAUGAGGACGUCAUGCUGGAGAACUGCGGGAUUGUGGCAUCUCUGGCAGGGGAUGAGCAGUGGAAUGAGGGCGAGGAGGACAUGCAUCACCUAUUGCCAGAGAAAAUAAAGAAUGACAAUCUGAAAAGAAACUUCAGGAACCAAGGUGGGCCUAAGAGGCGGGAAGGAUGUCACAUGGCUGAGAAAUCACAUGGCCAAGGGCAGGACCUCUGUGAAAUAAUUCACACAGUAGAAGAAGCAUACAUGUGCUUGGAGUGUGAAAUUAACUUCUCAGAUCAAAGCCAGUAUGAGAACCAUUUGCAAAUGCACACGGGAAAGAAGACCAGUCAAUGCUUGGAGUGUAACAAGAGUUUCCUUUGCAGAAAAGAAUUCCUUAAGCAUCAAAGAACACAUAAAAAAGAGAAACGUUCUGGCUUCUCAGACUCUGGCAAGAGCUUCUCACAAAAAAUAGAUCUUUUUCAACACCAAAAGACUCAUUUAGGAAGGAAGCGAUUAAUCUGCUUAGAGAGGGGAAUGACCUUCUCUGGUAGAAAAAAGAAUAAUGUACAUAUUCCAAAGCACAGUAUAUUGAGAGCAUAUAAAUGCUAUCGAUGUGGAAAGUUCUUCAGCUGCAGAUCAAAGCUCCUUGUGCACCAAAGAACCCACACAGGAGAGAAACCUUUUGAAUGCUCAGAGUGUGGAAAAACAUUCUGUCAAAGUGGCCAUCUUCAACAGCAUCAACGAUCUCACACAAAGGAGAGACCUUUUGAAUGCUCAGAGUGUGGGAAGAGAUUCAGUUGGAGUGGCACUCUUCAACAGCAUCAAAGAACUCACAGCAGGGAGUCACCUUUUGAAUGCUCUGAGUGUGGAAAGAGAUUCAGUUAUAGUAGCAAUCUUCAAAGGCAUCAAAGAACUCAUACAAACGAAAAACCUUUUGAAUGUUCAGAGUGUGGAAAGAGAUUCAGUCAGAGUAGCAAUCUUCAAAGGCACCAGAGAACUCACACAAAGGAGAGACCUUUUGAAUGCUCAGAGUGUAGAAAGGCAUUCAGUCAGAGUAGCACUCUCCAACAGCAUCUCAAAACUCACACAAAGGAGAGGCCUUUUGAAUGCUCAGUGUGUGGAAAGAAAUUCAGUCGGAGUAGCACUCUUCAACUGCAUCAAAGAAUUCACACAAAGGAGAGACCUUUCAAAUGCUCUGAGUGUGGAGAGAGAUUUAGUUGGAGUAGUAAUCUUCAACAGCAUCAAAAAACACACACAAACGAGAAACCUUUUGAAUGUUCAGAGUGUGGAAAGAGAUUCUGUUGGAGUACCCAUCUUCAAAACCAUCAAAGAACUCACACAAAGGAGAGACCUUUUGAAUGCUCAGUGUGUGGAAAGAGAUUCACUCAUAGUAGCAAUCUUCAACAACAUCAAAGAACUCACACAAAGGAGAGACCUUUUGAAUGUUCAGUGUGUGGAAAAAGAUUCAGUCGCAGUGGCAAUCUUGAACAGCAUCAAAGAUCACACACUAAGGAGAGACCCUUUGAAUGCUCAGAAUGUGGAAAGAGAUUCAGUCACAGAAGCAAUCUUCAUAACCAUCAAAGAACUCACACAAAGGAGAGACCUUUUGAAUGUUCAGUGUGUGGAAAGAGAUUCAAUUGGAGUAGCACUCUUCAAAGGCAUCAAACAACUCAUACAAAGGAGAAAUCUUUUGUAUGCUCAGAGUGUGGAAAGAAAUUCAGUCAAAGUGGCCAUCUUCAAAAGCAUCAAAGAACUCACACAAAGGAGAGACCUUUUUAAUUCUCAGUGUGGAAAGAGAUUCCGUCAGAGUAGCAAUCUUCAAAGGCAUCAAAGAACCCACACAAAGGAGACACCUUUUGAAUGCUGGGUGUGGAAUGAGAUUCAGUUAGAGAUGCAGUGUUCAGCAGAAUCAAGGAACCAAACAGGAGAAACCUUUUCAAUGUUCAGAAUGUGGAAAGAAAUUCAGUUUGAGUAACAGUUUUCAACAAAAUAGAAAAACUGCCAAAGAGGAGACAACAUUUGAAUGCUUCUUGUGGUGAAAGAAAUUUAGUCAGAAUCACCAUCUUCAACAGCAUCAAAGAACUAAUACAGGGGAGAAAACUUUUAAAUACUCAGUGUAAGGACCAUGUACCCUUUCAGUUGAGACCGCCCAAUUUGAUUCCCAUUCUUCUUUUAGGGAUUUUGAAAGGCACCCCCUGAAAACCAAAAGUACAAUGGUAGAUCUUUGGGAUAUGCUUGAAAGAGUUCAUUUGCCUCCCAUGUCCAGAGCCCAUUUUUAUCAUGGAGGCAGAACUUCAGUAGAGCUUUGACAUACCACUCAGCACCAAGACACUUACAUGACCAUAUGUCAAUUUCAAGAGUACUUUAUCAAAGUAAUAUGAGACCAUUUCUAGUUAAUGGGCAAUCACAUCUGAGCCAUCAAAGAAGCCAAGCCUUUGAUCAACUGAGGCACACACAGUGCUUUGAAAACUUCCCUACUUUGGAAUGUCAGAUGUCAUUUCUGACUCUUUCCACUGAAUUUGAGGCAGUAACUUCAAACUACUCAGUCAAAUUCAACUUUGUUUCUUGAAGCAAUCAAGAUCAUGGUUAAGUCUGGUCCCAUGCCAAACUAUGGAACAUUUCCCCAUAAGAGGGGAGCCUGAAUCUGUGAAAAGGGUGUGCCAGGUUUCCCCCAUAACCUGGAGACUUCUGCCAUUGCUUUGCAGAGUCCUCUCUGUCUCUCUCGUUGGAUGUCUGCUGCACAGACUACUUGCAGUUCACAGCCUCUCACCUUGGAUCAGGUAGAAUCAUAGACUUGGAGAGACCCCAAGGGCCAUCAUGUACACAAUCAAAGCACUCCUGAUUGAUGACCAUCCAUCCUCUCUUUAAAAACCUCCUAAGGUAGAAACAC